UUUCCGGGGGACUAAAUUACUGCCGCACCGCGCCAAACUACAAAUAUAAACGCCAGUCAACUUCACCACAAGGAAAAGAUAAAUAUUUAAAAUGCCUGUGAAGAGAGCCCUUCAGUUACAAGACAAAGAAAACAGCCCAGCUAAGAGGCAAGCACCAAACAGGGACUAUUCCCCUAUGACUGGAACCCAAUUGAUGAGUCCCACGACAAAACCUGCAGCAGGUAAUUCCAGAGCAGGUGGGAAGAAAACGAAUCCCCCUCAAACAAAAGAGCCUAUGACAGACGCUGAGAGAAUUCCGUUCCUCAGGUCUAAGGUGAAAAAAUCAUUCAAGGACCUCAUGAAAUACAGGCAACAGCUGGAAACAUUAGUGCCAGUAGAGGGCAGUAGUGAGCUGAGGAGUCUCUUGCUGAUGAGUCCUGCUGAUCUACAAACUGAACUCAAGAGACAUGAGAAUCUGUGUGCUAAGAUUGCAUCUUGUGCACAUAGAGCAGACACAAACAAGGGCCAUUUCCAAGGGCUGAAACAGACUGGCAGCUCUUACGAAUUUCUGAAGGCAGUCUUAAGCCGCUGAGGGAUCAUUUCUCGACGUGCGACAUGGGCGGCAGCUGGUGCCCGCUCAAGGUGGAUCAUGUAACUCUCUCUUUAUCACUUCUAGAGGCUGUCUGAAGGACAAAAACUUAAGCUGACCUAAGAAAACACACAUUUGUCACACUUACAGUUGAGAAGAACGAGAACAACAUUUCAGAAUUCAACAAUUUGGGUUGUUCACAAUGGGCUGUUAAGCUUCAUAAGAGUUUUAAGAUGUGUAACCAAGUACGGUGUGACCGGACACCAAGAUAUGGUUAAUAUUAGCACCAUCCAUUAAAAUUGUAUCAUGCACUCUGGUAUUGUGGCUUUCUGUUUAUAUGGAGUAAGACAGUCAAACCAAAACCUGUUCAUUCUCUCCUCAUUCUGUGUAUGUGUGUGUGUGUGUGGAAGCAGACCUCGCUCAGGCUGUAACACACUAGCCCCUUUGUGACCUGAUAACAUUUAUAGUUGUAAUGGAUUUUUUUUAAUGGCCGUCAUUAACUCGCACCAAGAGGGGUAAAAAAGAUUGCUUGUACUUUUUCCCCUUGAUAUUUCAGCUUUACAGCAUUAUGUUCUGAUAUGUCUCCUUCCAUCAUUUUUGUUUUACAGCUCAUGAAGUUGAAGCGUUUUAAUGCGUAGCUUUAGUACUAGCCUCGUCUUCAGUCACUGCCAAGA